AUGCCUCCCAGAUCGACACCGCUAAAAGACCGGUUUAGAGGCACGAUCAGAAGAGAAGACGUGAGAGCGACAGAGAAAGACAAGGUGGAGACGUACAAAAGCUUCAGGCCAGGCGACAUUGUCCUUGCAAAAGUGAUCUCUUUGGGCGACGUGCAGUCGAACUACCUGCUGACCACAGCAGAGAACGAGUUGGGCGUAGUUGUGGCCCACAGCGAGGCGGGCGCUCAGAUGGUGCCCAUCAGCUGGUGUGAGAUGCAGUGUCCACGCACACACGCCAAAGAGUUUCGCAAGGUCGCGCGGGUACAGCCGGAGUACCUGCAGGCCUGAGCCACGCCCACCGCACCCGCUGACCACACCCACCGGAACACACAGCUUCAAAGACACGCCCCCUCGUGCAGAACUCUCAGCCCAGUAACUGAUUGGAAUUCUAGGUGUGAAUCUGGAUUGUCACAUUCCACACUGCCUGUGAUGCACACUACUAAGUGAAUACCGCAUGAGUAUCACAUUACCGUAAUUGAAUGUAGUUGCAUUGCUAAGCAGUAUUCUGGCAUUCCUGAUGCUCUGACACACCCGUGAUUGUAAUAUCACAUGUUCAGAUGUCUUGCAGUGCUUAGGGAAGCUCUGAAACGUGAUUGCGGAAGGUCACAUUUUGUUGAUGGACUUCCACUUUAAAUGGUCCUGAAUGUUUAGAGCUUCUUUAAACACGGAGUUGGAACAAUUUAUGGGUGCAUCUUAGUAAAACUUACUACUUUUGGUCACAUUUCAUCACAAAAUCAAAAGGAAAGAAAAUAAGAAACUAUAUUGUGUAAAGCAACUGAAGCCUGUUUUUACGACAUAUUUUUUGCAUUGAAUAAAUAGAGCUCCAAAACCCACAGCUUUUUCCAAAGUGGAAAACUGGAAUUGUACUAUUGUCACAAUCACAUUCACUGUAACAGAUUUUGUAGUCUUUCACAAUGGGAUUUGAAGUUUAUAGAGCAAUAACAUUUGGCGGCACUGUUUUCUAACUCUUUGAAGCGCAUGAACCACAAAAAUAGUCACCAGAGAUGAAUUUACUUUUGCCUCUUGCUGCUUUUAUUUUAUCUGGAAAUGUCUUAUUUGAUACGUUUUCUUUAUUCUGUCUUUUGCCUGUAACCGUUUUGAGAGGUCAUGUGUUUACAAGAGAAAAAAAAUAAAGUUUUUAACAUCAC